ACCAUCGCUCGGACGUAUCCGCCUCGUGCGACCGACAGAUCUAUCGUAAGAAAGCACGCGAGUUUUAGUUGAUAGUUUGCGAUAAUCAGUGUGGAGUUCAGUGACAAUUCUAGUGGAACAGUUGUUUAUUGUUUGGAAACACCCGGUGUUUGUAACAUUUAGGUCACCAUUGCCUGUAGGAUGCUGGGCGCACUGAUGCUUUAAGAAGCGGUUAGAGCACUGGCAUGGCGUACUACCGGUGCGGUCCCACGGCCAUCGGGAGCCGGACGUCGUGGGGUCCGGUCUCAUCACCGGACACCGUGGACUUUGACAGGCCGCUGAGCGGGAACUUUGAUAGGAUCUUCAACGCUUUCGAGAGGACCAACGCGUUCGAGUACGUCCGGAAUACAUUCGAGGGGAGUAAAGCGGAGGAACGCCACGUGGGCCAUGGAGAUAUAGUUGUUAAUCGUAAGAUGAGCAGUAGCUUCGAGCGAGCAGAUUGCGCGCUGGCUGCGCAGACUCCCAUUUCGGAGGAUGAAGACUUCUACCGGGAGAAGAUUUUGUACUCGCAGGCGAGGCAACUCUUCCCCUUGCAAGAGGAUCUGGCCGAUUGGAUCAAUAAGACAGUCGGCAUCACGUACUUGACUGGUGAAAACUUCUUGGACGUGCUGGACAAUGGUGCGGAGCUGUGUCAGCUGGCUGCCGUCAUACAUGAUAAAGCUCGAGAUGCCCUCGACCAAGGGCUCAUUGUUGGGCCGGUGCCACAGAUUCGCGGCCGGUGCUGGCAGCGUGCGGCGCGACGCAGUUUUUUUUCUCGUGACAACACCGAGAACUUCAUCACGUUCUGCCGCGAGUUGGGGGUGCACGAGAACUUGCUGUUUGAAAGCGAUGACCUUGUACUCCACAACCAACCGCGCCAAGUGAUUUUGUGCCUCCUGGAGGUGGCGCGGCUGGCGACCAAGUUCAACAUUGAACCACCUGGACUGGUGCAGCUUGAGAAGGAGAUCGCGAUGGAGGAACGCGACUCUGGUCUAGAUUCGGCCAUGUCAGGCGCCGCCUGGCAGUUCAGGGAUGCCUCGCCUGUCCCUCAAUUGGAGAAAUCAAUCAAAGAGCCACCAUCUUCACCAGAACCUAAUGACACUCAACUAUCUGUACCAGACAACGUAGAUACAGAAAGCACCAAAUCUGAAGGGACAGUGGGCAGCACAGACUCUGAUGUGCCGCUGAAACCAACCAACGAACUAGAUAAAAGGGUGCAACUGGUUACUCGGCUGAUGGAACGCGGAUGCAACUGCAACUCUGGAAAGUGCUCCAAACUCCUCAAGGUGAAAAAGGUUGGCGAGGGUCGUUACAACAUCGCCGGACGAAAUGUUUUCAUAAGGUUGCUGAAAGGUCGUCACAUGAUGGUCCGCGUGGGCGGCGGCUGGGACACGCUCGAGCACUUCCUGUCGCGGCAUGAGCCCUGCCAGGUGCGCCUCGUCACGCAGGGCCGUAAGGGCAACGUGCUGCCCGUGACGCUCCCAACCACUGACACUGAGGACAACCAGAGGCUGUCUCCCAUCGCUCGCAAACCGAGUACCAUAUCACCGGCUAGCAGCAAAACCUCACUUGCUAGCAAGGAGCCAUCUAUCGCCGGCACCGUUUCACCUGUAGAUAGUAAAGCUUCCUCUAUAAGUGGCAAAAUAUCACCAAUAGAAAUCAAAAGCGGUAGAAACACUCGCGCGUCUAGUAAAGCUAGUAGCGGUAAAAGCUCUCCACUCCAGGAAGGCCGUAAAACUUCAACGCCAAUUAAACCUGUGACAGCCAGAAAUUUAAGGUCCGCUUUAACGUUACCUUUGAAAUCGGACUCUGUCGAUGGUGGACUGCAAAAACCAGUAACACCACGCACUAGAAAACAAUCAGCACCCUCUAGCUUUAGCACUCCGAACACACCAACCGGUAGAUCGCUUAGAACUCCUCCCUCGGAACACAGGAAGUCGCUCACUUCUACAACUUUGACGAACGCACCAAAGAAAUCGCGAAGUAUGAGUUUGGCCGUCGCACAAAAAGAAGAAAAGAAGCCAUUCUGCGGCACGGACAGAUUGAAUCAAGCAAAGAAGAACAGGAGCUCAAGUGCUGCGACUACGCCGACUGAAACUGCCACUUCGAUCGCGCGGAAAAUGCGCAGCCAAAGUCUCGCGUCGACCCCCGUCAACGAGCCGCGCAAGACAUUCUCAGGAUCAAAUGGUUACGCAAAGAAAACGAGGAGCAUGAGCCUGGCGACUCCAGUGGAGUACGCCAGGCCACUGAACAAGAGCAUAUCGGUGACGCUGAACGGAGCUCUGACUCAGGCCGCUAUAGAGGAAAGCAUCAGGCUCUCAUUAGCAGCGACCAUAGCCGACGACCCGUCGCCCAAGAAGCCGUUUCUGCACAUAAAAGCCAAAUAUAGGAGUCCUCCGCCGCGUGAAGUGCCACCCAGAUAAUUUAUAAUCGUAACAUUCCUCAUUCCAUGAGUUUUAAUAUUUGACAUAUUUAGGUAGGACACGUCACGUGUUAUUAUGUUGCAAAUUAGAAAUGAUACCUAUAACCUAUUAUAUUUCAUUAGUGGGCAUUAUAAUUGCGUACUGUCUAAUCCGAUGCGGUUUUGGGGCAGAUAAUAAUUGCAAAGAUACACAUUUUUCGACUAGCUUUUGCCCGCGGCAUCGCUCGCGUUAAUUUAUCCCCUUAGUGGUGGAAUUUAUCAAAAUCCUUUCUUAGGGGAUGCCUACGUCAUAACAUCUACCUGCAUGCUAAAUUUCAGCCCGAUCCGUCCAGUGGUUUGGGCUGUGCGUUGAUAGAUCAGUAUGUCAGUCACCUUUGAGUCAUAUAUAUUUAGAUUUAGCAUCGUCACAACGUAAUGUGUCUACAUUUAGGUAUCGCUAACAUGAAAUACGAGUUCAAUUAACGUGAUCGUCUACAAAUAACGUGUAAGCAUCAUUUAGAUCUCCUAAGAAAUCUCGUCGACAAUUAUAAGCAUGUGAACACUUAAUUUAAACCACACAUUCAUACACCCCACGGGGGACUAGUCAUAAUGAAUUGUUUUUGUAAGAAUAUAAUGUUAUUAAUUAAAUAUUAUUAUAAUUUAAUACUUUCCCAAUUGCAAUAAUACGAAUAUUGUGUAAUUUAAUUGUAUUAUAUAUCUGUAUAAGCAUUUUGUAAGUAUUUACUUGAUAAUUUAUAUUUGGGCGGAGUAAUAUCUUUAUAUAAUCCUGAGCCAUAAUCAUUUCUCGUUAAUUUUUUCAACAUACAAUUAGGAAUUAUAAUUUAAUUUUCACUUUAAUCGUCAUGUUUGCUGUAUUGUUAUCAAUUAACUAUAUAUUCUUGAUUGCACUAUAUAACAAUAUAACUUAGUCGAUAGUGUCGAGUGGCCUCACAGCGAUCUGUACGGUACAAAUAUGAUAUCCACACAUAUAUUUUGAUACGAAACAUUAGAAAAUAUUUUUGCACACUCAUUACAUAGAUAACGUUAGAUAGAUACAGAAAUAGUGACCUAAUUAGAUGUAGGUGUGAGAGGUACGUGGAACAUAUCGUCGGUUAAAUAGAAAAAUGGUACUAUUCAAAAUGUACAUUUUUUACAAGAUAAGAAUUUAAAGUUUUUUUAAUUUAUUUAAAUUAUUUUUUCCUUUAAGGUUUUAACAAAAAUGUACACAGUAUAUAUCAUUUUAAAAGUAUUCAGUUAAAGAUUAAGACGGCGUGGUUAAUUUUUUAAUUAUAAAAUGGGGCAAUGUAUGCUACAAAUUUUGAAAAAUGACAUUUUUCUAUUUAAUCGAAUAAGAGUAUAUCAUCUAAUAAAAUAAUGAAUACAAAAGAAACCCCAAUUAAUAAUGGUAAGGGAUGCGACCGAAGCGAUGCUUACUGUUCCACUGUUUCAAGAAAUGAUAAUAUCAACGAAAUAUGAAAGUUCAAAUAUUUUCUCAAUAAGGAUAUUAUUACACUACUUAACUUUUUCGUGUCUAUACGAUUCGAUGCUAUGAAACUCGGGCUAUUUAUCGAUAUAAUGACUAACUUCGGAUACACGUCGAUGUAUCGAGAUAGAGUCAUUGCGUCAGUAAUCGAGAAUCGAAGUGAGUUACAUAGCGUCGUAUCGCCUCGAGCUUCACUUUUCGACUUGACUUUAUAUUCGUGUAACUGCCAAUUUAUUUACAUUUUACGAUACGAUUGUGCCAACAGUUUUUAAUAAUUAUGUA